UAAGCAGGCGCAGUUGUCAUACGAUCGUUACAGUUAAAACACGUCUUGAACAAUUAAACAAAAUGAGAAGUGUAUACUGUUUAUGUAUUAUUGUGAAUCUACUAUUGCUUAAUAGCGAAGCUGAUGCAGGAUUAGUCAAAGGAAUAAUCAGCUCAAUACACGACACAGCUCACAAAGUCCGUGAUGAUAUCCAUCAGGCAUUACAUUUUAAAGAAGAUCCAAAAAAGGAAACAGCUGAUGUAGUUACCGUUGCUGAUAAUAAAACUAACGGUGAUAAUAAGUUCGUCGCAACAUCUACUGCGGCUUAUAACAAUAAAGAAGUAAAUAAGGAAGUAACCGGUGUAGUUAUGCCUAAGGAUGAAGAUGACAGCAAAUUAAUUUUUGUAACGAAUCCGACAACUGAAUCUACAGUGAAUUUUACUUCUACUACCGUUAAAGAUGGAAGAGAAAAUUUCGCUGGUGGCUGUUCUACAGGUUACGAACGAACCGUUGAUGGCAGAUGCAGACCUACUUUCUAAAAACUUUUUGCUUAAAAGUGUAUUCUGAACAAAUAUACCAAUUGAUAUAACA